AACGGUUAUAACACGUCUUUUCAAUGAGUCUCGAAAUAUGCUUACUCACCGAUUGCUUUUUAUUUUUGAAUCCAUAAGACUGCAUUCCGAUACUUGAAUCUAGACUACAUUCCGAAAUUCAUUGAAAACAAAGGUGUGGAAAAAUCGAUUCGCUGAAAAAAAAAACGUGCAAUUCUGUCCACGACUGUAUAGGAGGACAAGAGCCCCUAUAGACACCCAGCCGAUCUGCUCCGUCAAUGAAUCAAGUUGCUACGUUACUUUACACAUGCGCACAAGUUUUCCUAUUAUGUAGAUAAAUUCUUAUUGAAAAAGAAUUCGAAUUCCACACUAUCUUAUUCACACUGUCUCAGGUCAGCAAUCAGCAGUUGUAUCUCAGAAAGUUCUGGGAAAUUCGGAAUGCCAGUACUGAAUAUCCUGAGUGAGCUUCUUUCUUCGAUGUAGUGGAAACAAAAUAUACCUACAAUUUCUAUAACCAGUCUUUAACAGUAAUCUGACAUUUAUCAAGAUGUCUUGUGCUAUCGAUCUUCAACGACAAGAGGAUGAAGUGGCUGUAAUUUCUAGUAUUUAUGACGAAACAGAAUUUUUCCAUGUGAAACUCAAGGAGGGUACAAGAUGUUCAGUCACCAUACAUCCAAUAUUUCUUAAAAAACUAGAAAUAAAAUUUAGUAGUGGUCCUUCUGAUAUGGUUCUCAACGAUAGUAUCUCUGUAGAACAUCUACCGCCAAUCAGAAUGUAUAUUUAUCUCCCUAACACAUAUCCAUCUAAAACAUCACCAGAAUUUUGCCUUUCCAUUAUUUGGUUGUCACCUUGGGAAAUAUCUUUACUUUGUCAGAAAUUAGAUGAAAUAUGGGAAGAAAACCAGGGCAACGAGAUCAUCUUCCUGUGGAUAAAUUUCCUACAAAACGAUCUUUUCAGUUUUCUAAAUAUAUCAGAAUCGUUAGAUAUUUCCUUCUUACAUUUAAUUCACACGUCACGAGAUAAUAUCACAUUACGCCUAAUCCAGUUAUCCGAUCCCAGGGCUCAGAAUGGUGCAUUAUUAUUAGAUAUCAAAAGAUUAUUAAUAUCUUAUGACAAGAAGCAACAUAAAGCACAAUUCGUCAAGAACUUUUAUACUUGCUACAUAUGCUUCGAGGAAUGUGCAGGACUAAAUUGUAUAGAAUUAGAAAACUGUGGGCAUGUCUAUUGCAAAAGUUGCAUGGAGAAGCACGUACGUAUCAGGAUUGUCGAGUAUAUUAAUGAGAUAUUGUGUCCGACGAUAGACUGCAAGCGGCAAAUAAGCGAUAACAACGUUAAAACUCUCUGUCCGGACUUGUUUUUCCAAUACGAAGAAAUCAUGUUACGAGUAACGUUAGACACCAUGGACGAUGUAGUGUACUGUCCACAAAUUUCUUGUCAAUAUCCGGUUAUUAGAAACCCGGACGAUACCGCACCGAUCUGUCCUAUUUGCAAAUUCUGUUUUUGCAUCUAUUGCCGUAAGAUGUACCAUGGACAAGCACCCUGUGAAAUGACAUCGACCGAUACUAUAAAACUCAUUGAUGAGUACAGAAAUAGCAGUAAUAAGAAGAAACAGAUGUUAGAGAAGACAUAUGGCAAGCGUCAAAUGCAAUUAAUUGAAAAAUAUCUUACGACUGAAUAUCUACAAGAUAAUGCGAAAAGUUGCCCGAAAUGCCGUUCUUUCAUUAGCAAAACCGAAGGUUGCAAUAAAAUGACGUGUAGACAUUGCCAAUCUUUAUUUUGCUGGCUAUGCAACGAACAAAUAUAUGGAUAUGAGCACUUCAAUAACGUCGACAGUCAAUGUUACGGACUUUUAUUUCAUGGCAUAGAUACGGACAACGUCUUGGAUUAUGUUAUUGGUGAUGCAAUGGAUAAUAUAAAUCCAUUCUUUGAAGAUCUCCACAUUUAAAUGUUUAUAUUAUAACA